AUUCAUGUACAGAAGAGAGUUAUUAAAGGAAAGGCCCACAACUUUGAAUAACAUAUUAUAUAUACAAAAGAAAAGCGAGCCACCUUCCAAAGCAGUACUAGUAGUUUCCAAGAAGACUUGGAGAUAUUGUUCAUUUGUUUGUGUAGAAGAACCUAAAACAAAAAAAAUAUAUAUUAUAGUGUUGAACAUGGCUGCAGAUGCCCCGGCGGUGGCCGGCGGCCGGCAUCCGUCGUCGUCGUCGUCUAGAGUUAAAUGCCCGGCGCCGUUUCUGGUGAAGACUUACGAUCUGUUGGAGGAAGAAGAGCGGAGAAGACAAGAAGGCGUUGAAAAUAACGGAAGACCGCCGGAGAAGAUAGUGUCGUGGAAUGGAGAAGGUACCGGUUUUGUUGUCUGGUCUCCCCCGGAGUUUUCUCAACUUCUGCUACCUCGCUAUUUCAAACACAACAAUUUCUCCAGUUUUAUCAGACAACUUAAUACUUAUGGAUUCAAGAAAGUGGCAUCUAAAAGAUGGGAAUUUCAACACGACAAGUUUAGGAAGGGGAGUAAGCAUUUGCUAAUUGAGAUAAGUAGGAAGAAAGUUGAGCCCAGUGGGUUUCCUGCAUACCUAAGAGCCAAUGAAGAACCUUCAACAUCAUCAAUGGCGGCUGCGACAACAUCCCAGGUACACAUUAAUACGAGGAAGCUACUGAUGGAGGAGAACAGGAACCUAAGGAAGGAGAGAAUGGAGCUUCAGACGCAAAUUGCUCAUUUCAAAACACUCGAGAUGAGAUUGCUGGAAUGUCUCUCCACUUACAUGGGCAAUCACAACCACCACCAUCAUCAUCGUCAACACAAUAAAUUUAGGAGACUCUCUUAACCAUUAAAAUCGAUCAAAUAUGUGACCAAUGCUUUAAUUACUGUCUGAAAAUAUAUUUGUCAUUUUCGUUUUAAAAUCUUUUGUGAUCAACCUUGUCUUGUCAUGGGUUUGUUCCGGUCAAAAUGUUGGGCAAACAGAUCGGAAUUGUCAAAUCUUCAAACCUAAACAUCAGUCAUUCCCUUGGAAAUUCUGUGCUCUUCCUUAACAUUAUUUCAACCUUGUGUCACAGUGUCACCAGGUCAUUGUCGCAAAUUCGCAACAAUUGACCUGCUAAUUAAAUUGUAUUACUCCGUCCUCGUGCGUACGUUCACACAUAUAGAAUAUUUUCUUUGUCAUC